AUGGUUCUAGUAAUUGUGGUGGCAGUGAUGUUGGUGGUGGUAGAGGUAGUGAUAUCGGUGAUGCUGGUUCUACUAGUAGUUGUGGAGGUAAAGGCUAGUUAUGGUGGUGGUGAAAGUGGCGGUAGAUGUGGUGGUUCUAGUAAUAGUGAUGGCAAUGCUGGUGGUAAUAGAGAAAAUGGUUUAAGUAUUAAUGGAGAUGAUAGUGGUGGUCUUGGUGGUAGUGGUGGUAGAAGUAAUGGGGGUUCAAGUAUUAGAGCUGGUGGUAGUAAUAAUGGUGGUGGUUCAAGUGGUACUGAUAGUAGUAGUAGUGAUAAUAGUGGCAUAAAUGGAGGUGAUUCAAGUAUUGUUGGUGGCAGUUAA